UAGCGCCGCAUAGCGUGUCGACGAGGACGUCACAUGAGUGCGCGAAACUCCGGAAGCAGACAGCCCAUUAAAGUUUGCAUCGACAUAAAACAUAACGAACACGUCAUGUUCCUUCGGACGUGUGUUCGUCCACUCCUCACUAGUCUCAUUUACUUUGCAUUUGGUCCCUUUACAACAUGAGUGGAAUGGCGGUAGCGCAGCCGCCCACACGACAGCACGCGUCUGCGGCGUCACGGAACCUGCUGAACCUUGACUGCAGCGCAGAUUUGAGACUGUAUCGACGAAACCUCGGCCCGGGCGUGCAGGCGAAAUGCUUCGAGAAGACGAGCGACACGAUACGCGCACAGCUAGACCACCAUCGGGCGUUUCUGCUUCGCCAUCGUCGAGAUGGACGGACCUCUGGCUUGCCCAGUCCUGUUCCGCGACUUGAGGUCCCGCAGGCCAUGCCCGGCAUCGAUGCCGCCGCGACGCAAAUGAACGUGCCGACCACCAAGUACCACACCGCGUCGCAUCCUCGACCACUGCAGAUCCUUUCGCAACCACAUGCACCACAACAAGCACCUUCGGUACCGCAAUGGGAAAGGCCGUUUCCUGGGAACGUAAGCACAUACCCAGUAGACCUCCGGCGAGCGUUGGAAGAGUGUGCUCGAUAUGAACACAAGUACGAGCCGCACACUGUGUACGAGAUUGUGAUGCACGUUACUGGCGAACGCGGAGAACAUAGCGUGAUCGGAAGCUCUGGGAGCCUGCAAGAAGCCAACCUGCUACUCGCCCGAAUGUUCCUGUUCGAAGGAUAUCGGGAUUACGGUGAUGAUGCUACUUAUGAAGUAUCGAACGAUGGCAGUCUCAGAGUCAGUGUUGUGGCGGAAGGAUGGCAGCGUGGAGAAAUGACAAUAACGGUUGAACGAAACUCGGUGCGACCUGGGCCAAAGCGUCGAUAAAUUGGCAUGGUACAUGAAGGAUCACAACAUCCAUCUCGCUGUUCACACGACGGCCCCAGACCUGUGUUUACCGCUGAAGUAAGGGCUUGCUCGCUGCCCAACCCUUUUUCCCUCUUCCGCUGUGGCCCAGGCCCAUGCCAAGCACGAAUGCAAGCCUCAGGAACAACGGGCCGACAGUCGUCACCCAAGUCACCCAGUCCUGAAGGCGCCAGUUGCCUGGCGAAAACAUCUCUCGCGUUCCUACCUCCGCCCACACUGCGUA